UCCCGAUCGAUCCAUCCAUCGAUCGCCCACGCUUCCGUCCAUCCAGACUCCAGAGAGAUAAAAUCUAAUUCCUGGACCUGGAGUGCAGACCGAUCGCCGCCGCCGCCGCGUUGUUUCUUGUCUGCUCAGCUGUGGUGAUGGUGCGGUAAAAGAAGGCUGCUCCAUCGCUCCAACAAAAAAAAAGGUUGGGAUCGCACGCGGCAGGCGACAAGCAGUUUCCAAAGAGAAGGGAAGCCUAGAGGAAGGGAGCUAGAGAUGGGGGAGGGCAGAGCAGGAGACGGCCUCAUCAAGCUGUUCGGGAAGACCAUCCCCGUGCCGGAGACGGCCGCCGUCGGCGAGGCUGCCAAGGACAUGCAACAAAGCGGCGGCAGCGGCAGCGGUACGACUGAUCCGAAAGGGCAAGAGAACAACGUUCAGGACUCCACAGGCUCGCCUCCGCAGCAGGAGGUCGCGGACACCGAAGACUCGUCGGCAGACAAACAGCAGGGCGAGGCGGGCAACCCAAAGGAGAAGCUCAAGAAGCCCGACAAGAUCCUGCCGUGCCCGCGGUGCAACAGCAUGGACACCAAGUUCUGCUACUACAACAACUACAACAUCAACCAGCCGCGCCACUUCUGCAAGAACUGCCAGAGGUACUGGACUGCCGGCGGUGCCAUGCGCAACGUGCCCGUGGGCGCAGGCCGGCGCAAGAGCAAGAGCGCGUCGGCCACUUCCCACUUCCUCCAGAGGGUCAGGGCCGGUCUGCCCGUCGACCCGCUCGUCUGCGCGGCAGCCAAGACUAACGGCACGGUGCUCAGCUUCGGCUCUGCCAUGUCCAGCUUAGACCUCACGGAGCAGAUGAAACAGCUCAAGGAAAAGCUCGUCCCGAUAGCGGGGGACGAGCGCUCAGUUGGGUCUCGCACUCAAGGACCUUCUGCCAAGGCAGAAGACCCGGACCGGAAGGAGAAUGUUACAGCAGAUAAAUCCGCGAGAGUUGUUCAGCAUCCAUGCAUGACGAACGGGGUGGCCAUGUGGCCAUUUAGCUGUGCGCCACCAGUACCGGCCUCUGCCUGUUACGGCCCAGGCAGCAUCGCAAUCCCGUUCUACCCGGCAGCAGCUGCUGCUGCUGCCUACUGGGGUUGCAUGGUUCCAGGAGCUUGGAGUGGCGCAUGGCCGCCUCACUCCGGCCAGUCCGAGACGGGCUCGUCCAUUACCUCCGCCUCUCCAGCAGCAUCCACCAAGUCCAACAUCUGCUUCACGCCAGGAAAGCACCCUAGAGACCGCGACGAGGAAGGAGGCGCCAAAGGAAAUGGCAAGGUGUGGGUGCCCAAGACGAUCCGGAUCGACGACGUGGACGAGGUGGCCAGGAGCUCUAUCCUGUCGCUAAUCGGGAUCGGCGGCGACAAGGCAGGCAAAGAUGGCGGCAGAGGCUGCAAGCUCGCAAGGGUUUUUGAGCAGAACGAAGAGGCGGCAAGGACGGCAACUCCUCACUCGGCAGCCAUCAGCGGCUUGCCGUUCUUGCAGGGGAACCCAGCUGCGCUCUCGCGGUCACUGACCUUCCAGGAGGGGUCUUGAGCCUCGCUCGAUUCACAGCUGAGAAUUUUGUACAUUAGAGGGUUGUAUGUAAUCUAAUCUAGGUGGGGAGGUGGGGCUCAUAGCUGCCAGCGGACAUUGAAACUAUACAAUAGAUAGAUAUUUGUAGAUAGCCAAUAUAUAUGGGUCGGGGGAGGAAAAAAUUGAUAAUGAGAGCAAGUCCCCUUAUUUGUAUAUAUUAUGGAUUGGAAUAUUUGGUUGCCAAGUGGUCUUCCAGCAAUAGCGCCAGAUGUUCUGAUCCACUGGCUGUUGGCCCAUCGAUCUCAGUGGACAAAAGUGGUCCACCUUAUUCUGGGAAAUUUCAGCAUAUAUUCAGUUUGUUUC